AUGUCCAAUCUUAAAUUCCUCAACAACGUCCUCUUCUUCUCCAAACUCAAAUUCUCACCGCCGCCCGCCGUCAUCGCCGCCCACACCCCAACCUCUGACUGCUACUUCACCUCCAAUCCCAUUUCCUCCACUGCCGACGAUGAUGACGACGACUUCUUCUCCACCUCCUCCGACGCCGAUUCCAUCUCCGACGACCUUGCCGCCAUCCUUGCCUCCCGGCGCUUCUUCUUCUCCUCCCCCGGCCGCUCCAACUCCAUUUUCGAAUACUCCUCCGCCUCCCGCCGCCGACCCGACGACACCAUCGUUUCAGAAGGUCUAGAAGUCCCGAAAUACUCGAUGGACCCUUAUGCCGACUUCCGGCGGUCGAUGCAGGAGAUGGUGGAAGCUCGAGAAUUGGAGGAUGUGAGAAGCGAUUCAGAGUUUUUGCGAGAGCUUUUGUCUUGCUAUCUUCGGUUGAAUCCGAAGGAUACCCAUAAAUUCAUUGUUAAAGCUUUUUCCGAUCUUGUUCUUUGCUUGUUGGCUGCUCCGGCACCGGCUUUCAAAACCCGCCGGAAAGUUGUUAUGUCUCGGUAA